UAUUUAAAAACUUUUUGCUUUUAGGCUAAAACAAUUUUUUUUCAAACUGUUUUUCAUAUAGAAUGGGUUUGAAAUGAAAGUUUGGUUAGGUUUUCAAUUUUUAAAAUUGAGUGUGUCCAGGAAGUAAGUGCAAGCAGAACUGGAGUAAAGCAUUAAGAAAGAUUUUGGAGGAAUAAAUCGAUGAGAAAAUAAAUUCUAAAGUAGUUUUUCUUAAUGGAAGGCAUUUUUGUAAAAUUUAGAUUAGUGUUAUUUGAUAAAAGUAGAAGAAGCAUAUGAACAUUCAUACACCGGAUUUCAGAAUGCAUUUAAAAAGAUACUCAAUGUGUAGGAAUAAGUGAGUUUAAUAUGAAGGGCGAAAAAUAAGAGAAUGGAGUAAGAAAAAGAAUAAAGUUCGCUAGAAAUUCGUGAAGUGAGAUUUGGAUACCGACCAGUAUGGAAAAUGAAAAUUAAAGAAAUAGUCGGGAGACUAAAAGCGUGACGCAUGGUUGCAUGUUUGAAAGAUUUGAAAUAAUAUCAACGUUAUAUGUGUCUUGAUGACGCCACAAGAAAAAAACAAGAAACCAAGUGAAGCAAUGGUAUAAAAUAAGAAAACGUGCAACAGAAUGAUGAGAUAAAAAAGAAUAAAAAGGUUUGUUUACUGUGAUACAAUUCUGUGAUAAAGAAAUGGGUCAGUUUCAAGUAGUGUGGUGACAAGAUUAAAUGUAUAAAAAUACGUUCGUAUUUUUGAUCUAUUUGUCAACGAUUAGUUUGAAUCCCAUACGUGUAGAUGAAAUUUAGUAUCACUUUGAUUGUUGUUGCUAAGGAAAGAAGCAUAUGAAUACAUAUAUGAGUGAUAAUAACGGGGAAGACGUUUCAGCAAUUUGUGUCAAUACAAAUACUGGAGACUCCUUCAUGAAUCAACAUGAAAAUACACCAAAUCAUAGUCAAAGCAAUAGAGAUAGUUAUGCUCCAUUCCAUAAUGAUUUGUUACAUAUAAAGAAUCAAAGUGGUGGGGCAUGCUCAAGUGAAGAAAGGAUUGGUAAUGAUGCCACAUGUUACGCAUCAACACAUUCGCCACCGACAACAACGCGGGAGGAAACAACAGGCUUGUUGGGAACGAACAAGGAAAAAGAAAUGCGUAUUCUUUUGAUAGGAGAUGAUAAUUUUACUUUUACACCCUGUUUUCUUGAAAGUGUUCAUUUCAAUAGUCCAAUGACUUCUAUUGAAGUCACAAGCUGUUUAACAGAAGAUAAAAUUCCAAAUGAUUUUCGUCCAAAUUAUCUUGCUUUGACGUCUCAAGGAGUGAAGGUGCAUUUCGGUAUCAAUCCUGCUCAACUUCGUAAUUAUUUUUUUCAUCAUGAAUUUAAUCGUAUUAUUUUUAUUUUACCUGGAAUCGGUUUUUCUGGUUUCCCAUUACAUUUUGAUAAAAAAAAUGACCCACUUUUUCGUCUUCGUUUACAUAUCUUUUGUUUUAGCUUUUUUAAAUCGAGUCGCAAUGCUCUGCAACCUGAUGGUCUUUUGCAGUUACUUUGGCCUAUUCAACAUAGUAAAAAUGAGUUACCAGCAGCAGUUCCAUGGCAUAGUAUUGAAAUUUCUAAAAUAGGUCCUUUUUGCGAGGUGUUUCGAUCUAAGGGAGAUGAUAAACUAACGCUUUUCAUGAAUGGCACCCACUAAUCCAUAAUAAAUUACAGGAUUGUUUUCCUAAGUAUUUACAUCAAUGUCAAUUUUAUUCUUGGAGACUCUCACCUGCUUCACAAGACGUUAGUAAUCAAGCAG